CUUUUAUUACUCAAGAAUCUCUAUACUCAUAUUCAAACUUAUACAGUCAAUCCUAGCUAAUAUAUAUCUACCUUCUGAUCAAAAUGGUCGACGCAGCGUAUUGGAACGAGGAUAUACAGCAAGCCUACUUCUUUGGAGGCACCCGCUACGCUCGUAUCAAGUUUACUCCAGGUACACCCGAGGAGAAAAUCACCUGGGGUCCUGAAACUAUCACUCGGUAUUGGCCCUCCUUAGUCAAAGCAGGCUUUGGCACCGUCGAUGCCGUUCUGCCUGUUCCCGGAGUGAAAGGCGAGGCUUAUUUCUUCCGUGGAAGCCGUUAUGUCCGAAUCAAAGUAGUCCCCGAGACAUCUGACGAUACAAUUGUCUACGGCCCACACAAAAUCACAGACAAGUGGGCAUCUCUUGCCAAAGCAGGCUUUGAUACUGUCGACGCGGCUAUGGAGGUCCCUGGAAAGGAUGGUGAAGCGUACUUCUUCAGGGGAGCAAACUACGUACGCGUACAUGUGUGGGAUGAUAAGGUUGUGUAUGGCCCAGCUAAACUGGCGACCGAAUGGCCCGGCUUAACUGAGGCUGGGUUUGACACCGUCGACGCUGCACUCCCGAUUGCAAAGGGAAAUGGAGAGACGUACUUCUUCAAUGGCAUCAACUAUGUCAAGAUCAGGGUAGUGGCGUCAGCUCCUGACAAAAUCACCUACGGGCCAAAGCCGAUUGCUGAUCACUGGAAGACUCUCAACUGGGUUUAGAGGAUACAUAUCAUGAGGAAAAAGUACAGGUAACUAGCAUUGUCAGAUAUCAAUCGCGGUAGUAUUCAAUGAACCUGAGUUUAAUGAUAUGAAGUGUCGGGCAUCUAGAAUAUGAAUGGUCGUAGCAAGGGCAUUCAAUCCGGAAAAGAAAGACACUACCAAUGAAGUUUGAACAUCCACAAAA